GAAAAGUCGAUAUGCCUUUACUAAAAAUCCCCCCCAAAUGCGUGGCAGGUUGCUUUUGGGCGCUGAUGUAAUUGCCGCCAGCUGACUACGACCCGCGGCUGUGCACAUAAAAGGUUCAAAAGGGCCAAGCAAAAGAAGAGCAGCCCUUGAAAAACACUUCAACAUUUUCUGCCAAGAUCGUUUCUGGAAUAUGCAAAGCAUCGUCAAGACGAAUUCAAAAAGCUACAAAUAGAAGCUGCACACCCGACUCACCCCAAUAACAAUUUCACAAUAAUGUCUUCAAGCGAUCUUCGCCCGUUUCUGUCCCUACCACGUAUACCUUCCACACCAAUGAUAACCGUCUCCCCAGACCCGCCCUUCUCCCCAGGACCAUCAUAUCCCUCGGACCCACCCUUCUCACCAGUGCCGCCAACAUCCAUCUCCCCACCGCCCCUCCCACGUCGACGAGCCAUGCGCAAGAGCGACGAAACGCAUUUACGUGUACCAAGUCGGGCAGCAAGUUUGAGAGAGGAACGACAAAAAAAGGAGGAUGAUCAGGGGGUUUGGUGGGCGGGGAUUGCAAAAUGGGCGGGCCGGUUGAGACGACCAAAGGAGGAGAGGAGGGAUGGCUGGGAAGGUUCAAAUAGGGUACUCCAAUCCACUCCUUCACCACCACCACCACGAGCCGAUACGCCAAUGUCCCUUCCUCCCCGAACGAUAUCACUAGAACUUGUACGCACUUUUGGGGUCCCUCUGGAAGUGAUAACAGACCGAGAACGGGAAUCAGAGCCCGACCCAGUUGACAAGCGGGACCAUGUCGCAGAAGGUGUCCCGCGGCUGGUGAGAGUGUGUGUAGAGUGGAUUGAAGCAAAUGCGAUUGACAAGGAGGGGCUGUAUCGCGUCCCGGGAUCACAUCGUAAAGUCCAAACCUACCAACUCUCCAUUGAUACCGGUGCAUUCGACUAUGUGUUCCCCGUCCACGAAUCCCCACAUACCGUGGCGUCACUGCUGAAAAAGUAUCUGGCGUCUAUACCCGGCGGAAUAUGGGGCGGAGAAGACGUCAAGAUCCAUCUUCGGAAUGCCAUAAUAUCAACCCCAGCCGCAUUCCUCAAUCCCCUCCUCCGGAAAACACUAACAUCCCCAUCACACUUUAAUCUUGUGCGUUACUUGACCCGUCAUCUCUCCCGCAUUACGGCCCACUCGGACAUUAACAAGAUGACUCCGGAGAAUCUCGCUAUAGUCAUGUUUCCCGGUGUAGAAGCGUUGAUAGAAGUGCUUGUGCGGAAUUGGGAGGAGGUUUUUGGUAGGGAGGGGGAAAAGGCUGCUGAAGGUGGGGUUGGGGGUGUUGCGCUUGCGGCAGAGUAGUGUAGAUGGUUGAAAUGUGUAUGUUAUGGUUUGCGUUAAAGUGGGGUGGAGUAGGAAGUUUUAAAUGUUUUUUGUACAUGUGGUUAGAGCCCAUCUCUUGGUCUCGUUGACUGAAUGUCUGUUCUGUUGCAUUUCACGUCGUUAGCGGACUUGUUCAAUAUUUUGGAAACCAGUUCAUCCUUUGUACAUAUUCCAUGCCUCUAUCAUUCUUACUGGGAUAUCCUCCUAAACGCCC